AUGGACGUGCAGACCCCGCUCCAGGUUUCAGUGAUAGGCAGCAUGGAAGCCACACACUGCAUCAUCGCUCGCCGCCUCAGCACGGGAGGGGCGCAGCAACUCACAACUCACUUGACCUCCCACGCCCUUCCCCUUCCACCCACUUUGCCCUCUUCUACUCUACAGCUAUCAGCUGGACGACUUGUAUUUGAACCUAGUUGA